GCUUGCAAAAGACAUUAUGUGUGACUUAUAUGGUACAAUGGAGACAUCUUUUCAACAAGAAUUAUGCUCUAAUAAGGACUGCCGCUAUGUACUUCUCACUGAUUUGAAGUUAUCCAAUAAAUUGUCUGCCCGCACAAGGGCGCUACGUUGUGUGGGCUCUGGCAAAAUGGAACUCAGCGAUGAUUCGUUUUCAUAUUCCAGGUGCCUGCGUGUCUUGGAGUUGAAUGACAGCUUGAUGCUGAACUUACCAAAUUAUAUCUGUCAGUUGAGGCAUUUGGGAUAUCUUAAUUUAUCAGGCUGCUCUGGACUAGUUAUUAUACCGAAGUCACUUGGAGAUCUAUUAAAUUUGUUGUAUAUUAAUUUGUCAGGCUGCUCUGGACUAAUACAUCUACCUGAAUCAUUUGGAAAGCUAAUAAAUUUGGCACAUAUUGACUUAUCAGGUUGCUCUGGACUAGUAAAUAUAUCGGAAUCAUUUGGGAAGCUGAAAAAAUUGUUGCAUAUUGACUUAACAAGAUGCUCUGGACUUGUAAAUUUGCCAGAUUCAUUUGGGAAGCUGACUAGUUUGAAGCAUAUAGAUUUAUCAGACUGCUCCGGACUAGAAAAACUGCCGCAAUCAUUCGGGAAGCUAACAAACUUGAUGCACAUCAACUUAUCACGGUGCUCUGGAAUAGUUACUCUGCCUCCGUUGCUUGGGAAGCUGAUAUAUUUGCUGCACAUCAACCUAUCAGGCUGCUCUGGAUUGGUAAACUUACCGGAAUCAUUUGGGAACCUCAUAAAUUUGGUGCAUAUCAACUUGUCAGGCUGCUGUGGGCUAUUAAAUCUGCCUGAGUCAUUCGGGAAUCUAGUAAAUUUGUUGCACAUUGAUUUAUCAUGUUGCCAUGGACUAGAUAAACUGCCGGAAUCAUUCAGGAAGCUCAAAUUUUUGGUACACCUAGACCUAUCAUUCUGGUCUUGUUUUGAAGGGGUCCAGAAAGCUCUUGCUGGCCUUACCAAUCUCCAGCACUUGAACUUGUCACACCCUUGCUGUUAUCUUGCUCAACAGCAGUCCUGUCUCGAAGGACUAAAAGAUGUUCUGGGCCAGCUCACCAAAAUAGAGUAUUUGAACCUAUCCAUGUUCCUGAAUCCUAUCUUUUACUCAGAGUCAGUAGAGCGAACUCAUGGAAUUAUUGAACGUAUCAGUGGCUUUUCCAGUCUGGAACAUUUGGAUUUGUCUCAUAAUAGAUUUCUACAUGAUCUACCUGAAAGUUUAGGUGAACUCAACAAUCUGCAAACACUGGACCUCUCAGGCUGCAUUAGACUGAAGAGCAUAGCCAAAAGGAUAGGUGAAAUCAGGUCUCUCCAGUCAAUAAAUGUGAGGAACUGCCGCAGUUUGAAAAGUUGUGAGCUUGUGGUUAAACCUGAUAACGGAGAAGCAUAUAGGAACACAAGCAUUGUUGAGCUCGAGAAUGCAAACUUGGAAGAGCUUGAGAUAAGCUGUCUUGAAAACGUGAAGUCUGCAGAACAGGCAGAGCAAAUCAGAAUGGCACUGGAAGGAAAAAUUGAAAAGUUGAAACUUUGCUGGACUGUGGGCUCCCAAGUAUCCAUGGAGGGCAAUACCCUGUUAGGAGAAUUACUGCCGUCAUAUCUGCAGUGCCUUGAACUACAUGGUUAUAGUGGCGAGACCCGCCUUUCUGCAUGGUGGACAUCAACCUCAUACUGGUGGACAUCAACUGCAUCUUCCUGUGUCUCUACUCUUGUAGAGGUUACAGUUGAGGGUUUCCUGAGGUGCAGCCGCCCACCACCACUGUGUUUGUUACUAAACCUGCGACGAGCAGUUUUCAGAAGGAUGGCUAGCAUUACAAGAUUCGACGUCAAUGACCUCACUGAUGGAAACCGAGCAGCAAUCCAUCGACUCCCCAAGUUCACUCUAGAGUUGGAUGAUAUGGAAAGCCUGGAAGAGUUCAAAACAACAUAUGACAGAAGAGGUAAGGAGUGUGUGCUCCCGGCCAUUGGUGAACUGGUUAUUACGGGGUGCCCCAAGUUGUGCUUUGGACCUUUCACGCCUAGAGCUCGGAGGUUGGUGAUCUCAGACUGCAGCAAACUAAUGGUUUAUUCCUGGUGGAACAGAGGAGGCCAGAGUGUGGAAACCCCUAUUACCUCUGUUUUAGUAAAUGAACUGGUGGUCAAAAACUGCAACCUAGCUCUAUAUAACUGGACUUUGCUUCACAGCCUCCCUGGCCUCUAUAGUUUAACUGUCAAAGAUUGCCGUGAUCUGAAGACUUUACCACGGACUUUACCACAUACUAUUGAGGCCCUAUCCUCCCUCCAGUCACUAUGCUUGUCUAAUUGCUGGAUCGAGCCACUAGAACAACACUUGGGUGACCUCACCUCUCUCCGGGAACUAAAGAUCGCGUCCUGCAAUAUGUUCAAGGGAUUCACGCGGAGUUUGCAAAGGCUCACCUCCCUUGGGUCAAUGCAUCUUAUUGACUGCAACAGUAUCACAUCACUGCCGGACUGGUUAGGAGAUCUCACCAAUCUUGAGAAGCUUGCCAUCCACAGAUGCCCUGCCAUUGAAUCUUUGCCGGGCAGCAUAAAUAAACUAACCAACCUGAAAGAUCUGCAUAUUUUGGACUGCCCAAAACUGAAGGGCUGGUGUGAAAGGGAGGAGAACAAGAAAAUAAUGGCUCACAUCCAACCAAACUAUGAUGAAGAGCAUGGUACUAGCAGUAGCAGGCCAGGCAACAUGGACGAGGGCUAUGAGGAGGGUGAAUUGGAGGACUGGUUGGAUGGCGUGGAGGAGGAGGAGCCAGAGGCAGAGGCAGUAUCGACGGAUGCAGUGGAGAAUCCAGUGGCGACAGGCAACACGGAUGUUGUAGUAGAGGAGGAGAAAUCGGAGGCAGCAUUGACGGAUGCGUCGAAGAAUUCAGUGGUGACAGACAAGGCGGAUGUCGUAGCGGAGGAGGAAGCGGAGGCAGUAUUGCCGGAUGCAGUGGACAAUUCAGUGGUGACAGGCAACAGGGAUGCUGUAGAGGAGGAGGCGACGAGGGAUGUGGACGCAGCAGCGGCAGCUGAUCAAGUCAUGGUAUGGGUGACGAUGACACCAGUGUUUCGCGAAGCAAGCAUCGCGAUUAGCGAGCUAAAAUUGGAAUUCCUCAAGCGAAUGCCAUGGAUGGCCGGAGGAGAACGUCCGAGAGCGGAUGAGAACAACGGCAUGGGGAUUAAUUAG